AUGCGCAGGAGCCCAGGUGCCUGCCGGCUUGCGGGGAGCCGGGAGCGUCGCGGGCAGCCCGGCGUCCUCAUGGUGCUGGUUCAGGGCGGCGAGGCCGCCGCGGUUCCGCCAGCGGGCGGGAAGGAGCCGGAGGUGCCGCCGAGCCGGGAGGACGGUGCGGGUACGGGGCAGCCCUGCCUGUGCCCGGCGCCUGGCAUGGAGGCGGCAGGCGCCGAGGAGCGCCGCGUUUGUGGCUGCUGCUCGGGCUUGUCCUGGCCGCGCUGCUGCAAGGCACCUGGAACAAAGAAGAAAGCUGCGUGUCCAGGACUUGGUCUGUUUUAUACUGUACUGUCUGCCUUCCUUUUCUCAGUGGCCUCCUUAUUUCUUAAAAAAAUAGAAGAUGUGCAUUCAGUGGAAGUGAGUGCAUUUCGAUGUGUUUUCCAAAUGGCAUUUGUUCUUCCUGGUUUAAUAUACUACAAAACAGGGUUUUUGGGACCAAAAGGUAAAAGAAUCUUUCUUUUCUUCCGAGGAUUCCUUGGCUCUAGUGCAAUGAUUCUUCUCUACUAUGCUUUCCAAGUCAUGCCACUAGCUGAUGCCACAGUUAUAACUUUUAGCAGUCCUGUUUUUACAUCGUUGCUGGCAUGGAUCUUUCUCAAAGAGAAAUACAGUAUUUGGGAUCUUCUGUUUACCCUCUUCGCAAUCACUGGAGUGGUUCUUAUUGCCAGACCACCAUUUCUGUUUGGCUCAGACGUUACGGGGAUUGAAGGAAGUUAUACAGAUCACCUUAAAGGAACUAUAGCAGCAAUUACAAGCACACUAUCUGGAGCUUCAACUUUUGUUAUACUAAGGAAGAUGUCUAGUCAUACAUCUUUUGCCAAUAAGCAUUGCAUCCUGGCAGGGCAGAUCUAGGGAACUGGAGUCCAAGAGGACUGGAAUGUGUACACUACUUUGAGAAGCAUCUGGAUGUUAGGAACCAUCUUUGUGCAAGAUUCUGUGUGUAAACCAGCACCCUGAAUCCAUAUAUGUUUAUGGAUACAAGCAGAUUCCACUUGAGUGGUAGAAUCAGUUUCUGCUGUAGCUGCUCAUUCACUGCUUUUCCUGAAGGCUGAAGUUCAGCUGCUGCUGACAAGGGCAGGAAUAGUAUGAAACUGCUUUCACAUCUCUUUAAAGCCUGAUGUAAUAAUAAAAUUCCGGUUUGGCAUCCAUUUUGCUUAAUAGUUAAAUUUGUAAACUGGGAUUGUUUCUUCUGCUUCUCAGCCAUCACUGCCAUUGAGCAGCAGUUUUUGGGGGAAUGAGGGAAGGAAGAUAGACUGCAUCUUUCACUGCUUUGCUUCAUGUUUAAUAUGCAUGUAUUUCAAUUGACACUUACAAAGGUAUGGUUCCAAAGCAGUUCAGAUUGAUGUAAACUUGGAUUGUCUGCUAGUCUUGGUCCCUCUUGUUGGCUCAGCUUGUGCUUAUGUGGUUGUGUGGUGAGCUGGCCCUGGGAGCUGAUCCAUCUACAUAACUUUUUAGUAAGGUUGUUGGAGAGGGAAAAAUCAUAGUAGCCUGAACUUGAUGACAGUGUGAAAACAUUAGGGAGGGGAAUUAUCUAAUAGUACAAAUUAUAGUGUAGGAAUGCUGCUUUGUCAGUACGAAAUAAAAAUAAGGUGGAAGCUUAUAUCAAAACAUAUUUAGGUCAUAGGAUUUCAAUGAAUUUUGCUUAAACUUAGUAGAGCAGAACAGACUAUUGAAGAAAGGACUGUUUUCCUGCCCUUAACACAUAAGUAAAUGCAGAAAAUAAGAUGAAAUCAACAACCUGAUACAGUGAUUGGUAAUAUUUUUCACAAGUUCUUGUGGAAACUCUUUCGGUAUAUUCCCAUACCUGUAGUGCCAAAAACCCCAGAUGAUUUUUUUUUUUUUUUUUCCUUUGUCCAAACCUAUAGGUAUUCCUUAUGGACUCCAUCUCCUUACUUCCUUUUGCUGUUUCUAAAUCUUCCUAAAUGUGAGAAACUAUGGACUAGGAUAUUGUUUAUUAAGACUUAUACUAAACCAAAUGUAAAGGUCAGAUAACAAAGGAUGUGAAAUCGCUAAGGCAAACAGCUAUUAACUCAGAUGUUGCUUGUGCAAACAUGGCCGACGCUGCUUGCGCAAACCGCGGGAUGUUCCGAGGAAACUGAUAAAAGUAAGAAAAACAACUCCGUAUAAGGACAUGAAAGUGGGGGGUCGGCCGCGGGACAAAGGAGGGAGGACUCCUUGCUUCAGCCUCAACAUCCACCAGGAGGAAAAAAACGACCCCCUAGCAACAGUUGGAACAUGCGCAGAGUAUCUCCACCACUCUAUGAACGCGGGAGUCAGGAUGUAUAAAAAGGGACAGUCUGACCUACUCAGCACGGCAGUUGGCGGAGCGCAGACUCCCCUGCCGUCCAGCGCUGUCUUUGCUCAUAUUCUACUUGCUAUAAUUA